GAUGUUUGUUUGAGAAUUUUAUUUCUGAAAAAUUUCCACAGCAAAUAGUGAAUUGGAAGAGAAAACGGAUGAGGUAUCUGGGACUGAAAAGAAGUCAGAUACACAACAAAUUGUGAAGGAAAUGUUGGAUUGGAAGCACAAAUACCAUGCUCUAGAGAAUGAUUCGAAGAAGCAAGCCGCACAUGCGGAAGAAAAUGUGAAGCGGUUGCAAGAAGGCUUUCUUUUGGAACUGACUGCCUCUGUAGAGGUACACAAAGCCAAAAUUGAGGAAAUCUCCGAAGAGUUACAACGAUUGUUAUCAGAAAAUGAAGCGUUUAGAGCCCAGCUCUCAUAUCAUAAUAUAGAGCCAGCGACAAUUCCGAUUGAUACACCUGAGUUUAGGGAAUAUGGUGCGACCGCCGAAGAAAUGAAGUACAUCAAGGAUGCUCAUCAGUAUGCUAUAUCUUCAGCGAGCGAGACAACGGAGCAUACGGAAAAUCUAAAGUCCAAUAUUGAAAAUACAAUUCAGGUGGUAGAGUACGAGCUCAACCUACUAAAAGUUGGGUACUUGGUGCCUAGAGACGAACUUAUUCAUCUGGCUAAGGACCACCAUGAACGCAGUGCUGGUCAGGUUGCAAAGGAUACCUUAAUGAAAGCGAUACCUGGCCUCUUCGCUAGGAAAGGCCAUGAACGCCGCAAGCACAAAACCAUGUCACGUUCUGACAGUAUCGACAGUGCUUCCAUCAGAAGUGUUGAUACGACAUACACCACAUCCAGCAGAACAACUGUAGAUACCCGAAUAUCACUAAGAGAGAGUCGUCGAAAUACGUUAGAAUACGACGAAAAUGCAAGAAUACCCAAGUCUGCCACGACUAAUAGUGGAUUGCGUGCACUUUUAACACACAACUACUUAGAUAGAGGAUUGGAUGUCGAUGACGAUGAAUCAUCCAAGGGCGCAGAUGAUGUAAUGCCAUUAUCACCUUCAACCAGUAUCUCUCUGUCGCAACCACCAUACGUCCUGAGAUCCGGCGCAGAGGCUCCAAAUGUGAAGCAAGGAGGUCUUGGGUGGACAAAGAGGAAACGCGUCGUAGUGCCUACAGAUGCAUUACCGCCGUCGCUGUCGGCAUCGCAGAGUUGUCCCUCUCAUUUACACCGAUAAUACGAUGCAUCAAUUUACCAUAAUUUAUUAGCAAAGUUCCUAUUAUUUUAUCAAGUGUUUCCUGUUCAUCACAGCCGUCGUUCAC